AUGAAGUUCACUCAAGGAAUGCAAGUCGAGGUGCUAACUGACGAAGACGGUUUGAAAGGUGCUUGGUUUGCUGCAACAAUUAUUGAACCUUCGGGUGAAGACAAGUACCUUAUUGAGUACAAAACCCCGAGGAAUGAUGAUGAUACUGAGUUUCUCAGAGAAGACAUUCGUGCUUGCAACAUAAGGCCUUGUCCGCCGGAGAUCAUUGUUGUGGAUGGAUUCAAGGUGAUGGAUGAAGUUGAUGCUUACUACAACGAGGGCUGGUGGGUUGGCGUGAUUGCAAAGCCAAAGGUCGGGUUGUCGAUUUUAGUUUUGGGUUCUCUUCCCAUCGACGGCGGCGCUGCUGCAUGCGAGUCCUGA